CUGUUGUGUAUGAGCACAAGCGGUCUCUCUUUUUAGCCCAGGGUAAGGUGUAAGAGCUCCGACCGAAGAUGUCUCUUAUGGAAAGUCUUCUCCUCCAGGCUCCAAGCACGGUGACACUGCUGGGGGCUGUGCUGUUUCUGCUCGUCCUCUACCUCCUCUCCUCUAGUUCCAGCUCUGAGGAACAUGGGAAGGAGCCUCCAGGACCCAGGCCGCUGCCCCUGCUUGGUAACAUGCUCCAGCUGGAUCUCAAAAGGCCCUACCAGACUCUCUGUGAGCUGUCCAAGAAAUAUGGCUCGGUGUUCACAGUUCACAUUGGACCCAGAAAAGUGGUCGUUCUCGCAGGAUACAAGACAGUCAAGCAAGCACUGGUCAACCAUGCAGAGGAGUUUGGGGACAGGGGCAUCAAUCAUUUGUUUAGUGACUUAAACAAAGGACACGGUAUUGUAUUUGCAAACGGAGAUUCAUGGAAAGAGAUGAGACGCUUUGCCCUGACAAAUCUUAGGGACUUUGGCAUGGGCAAGAAAGCGAGCGAAGAGAAGAUCAUUGAGGAAGUUCACUACUUGAUUGAAGUGUUUGAAGAACACAAGGGUAAAGCAUUUGACACAACCCAGGCAAUGAAUUACGCUGUCUCCAACAUCAUCUGCAGCAUUGUGUACGGCAGCAGGUUUGACUACUCUGAUCCACGGUUCCGACGCUCGGUGGAUCAAGCCAAUGAGUCCAUCCGACUCGGAGGAUCUAUUUCAAUACAGUUGUACAACAUGUUCCCAUGGUUGGGCCCCUUGCUGAAGAACAAGACACUUAUCUUGAAAAAUAUUGCCGACAACAAGGGGGAGAUGAAGGAGCUGGUGAGGGGGCUGAAGGAGACUCUCAACCCGCAGAUGUGUAGAGGCUUUGUGGACUCGUUCCUUGUCCGAAAACAGACCCUGGAGGAAUCAGGCAACAUGAACUCUCAUUACCACACUGAGAAUCUCAUACAGACUGUGGCCAACCUGUUUGCUGCUGGUACUGACACCACGGGGACAACCCUGCGCUGGGGUCUGCUGCUCAUGGCCAAGUACCCCGAUAUACAGGACCGGGUCCAAGAGGAGAUAAGCAGAGUCAUAGGAAGUCGUCAGGCCUUGGUAGAGGACAGGAAGAACCUGCCCUACACUGAUGCAGUGAUCCAUGAGACCCAACGACUGGCCAACAUUGUACCCAUGUCCAUCCCUCACACCACCAGCCAAGACGUCACCUUCCAGGGAUACUUCAUCAAAAAGGGGACUGAUGUGUUACCUCUGCUGACGUCUGUCCUGCGAGAUGAGAGCGAAUGGAAGAGCCCUCACACCUUUAACCCCGACCACUUUCUGGAUGAGGAAGGUCGAUUCGUCAAGAAGGAUGCCUUCAUGCCCUUCUCUGCAGGUCGUAGGGUGUGUCUAGGAGAGAGUCUGGCCAGGAUGGAGCUCUUCCUUUUCUUCACCUCCCUCCUGCAGCACUUUUGUUUCUCUCCUCCUCCUGGGGUAAGAGAGGAGGAUCUGGACCUCACACCAUCCCUGGGGUUCACCCUCAGUCCUUCACCUCACCAGUUGUGUGCUGUGAGCAGGGUCUGAGAUGAAAGUCUGGGUCCAAUGUAUAUUACACACUAAACUCUCAACUUUAGACAAACAUACUGCAGGAAUAUGCUGAAACUAUUUUGUCACUGCCCAUGGACAUGAAUGAUAUGAAUAUAUACCUGGCUACAGGGAUCUGAGGUUUAAAGUUGAUUGGACCAAAAUGAACUGAAGCAGCUUUUGUAAACCAUUCAGAGGGGUUUUGCAGUCCUAGGUGCUGACACCUUUAUGAUAUCUGAGGGGCAUUUGUUUAAAACCAUCAAUGUUGAUCUAGAGACAAACACUCAAACAACCUUUUAGGGAUACCCUAGGUGGGGUCCUCAGUAAAAUGUCAAUGUCCGCAGGAAGACCAAACUUGGACGUUAGGAUCCUAUUCUUAGACUGCAAGUGCCCUUAUCCCCACUGAGGUCCAUAGAAGUCAUAUCCUUACCCACCACUACAGGGAAAAUAUUAUUGGUUUGGAAUUCAAGAAUUCAGUCCUAAGAACAGUCACAUUUGUAAAAUUGUCAUCUAAAUGUAUAAAAAGUGUCAACUCUAAUCUAGUGCCCUCUAUACUGCUAGUUGUACAGUCAACACUUGGCACUUUUUUACAGGACAACUGUAUGACCUAUAGCUCCGUUUUUUUCCACAGGUCCUUCUGACCAAAGAAACUCAGACAUUUCAAUUUUGUUUUACAAUCAGGGGAAAUUAUGCAAAUGUUUAAUAUUCUUUUACUUUUUGUGCUGUCAUUAAUUUAUUGAACGACAAUACUAAGUGCUAGUAAAGGAAAGGUAGACACAUUGGCACUUUUUGAAAGCUUGUCUAAAGAUAUGAAUAUAGGUAGCUAUGUAGAUGUAUAUGCAGAUGAUUGUUUAUGUAUCAGUAGUGUCACUUGUCACUUCAAUCAGGGACGGUCUGGGGUGGGGUGGCUGAAACAGUGUCAAUCACAUCCAAACAUGAGGAAACCAGGUGUUUGGUGUCGUUCCAGUUGUCCCAUUCCGGUCAUCACUAUGAGCCAUCCUACACUCAUCAUUCUCACGUGAGAUAUGUUAACCAGUUUAAAUACUUACACACCCGUGCCCCCAUCCUUCACUUUCCCCUUAUUCAAGGAUAACUGUAUUAUAAUAUAUAAAUAUAUAUAUGUAAUAGCUGUAUGUUUUUUAAAGUACCUAAUCCAUUGCUGAGAAAAGAAAUGCAAUACAAAUAUCAAACAAAUAAA